GCCGCCACCACCCCAAUCAUUGCCUCCAUUUCCAUGCUAGACCAACCAGCCUGCAGCCAUCCAUCCCACCUCGAUUCCAGCAACUCCCCAACCAGGUGUGACCAUGCGCCCGAGGAGAGCGAAUGCUCCUUCCUCAAGAUCGAGCAUGGCGGUCAGAGCCACUUCCCGAUCCAACAGCAGGGCGUUACCCAAGCCCCGCUCGCCGCCUCGCCGUACCCAUCCGAGCCGGACCCCAUGCCAUCCCUCGCGGUCUGCCAUGGGUGCUCGCCCCCGAGCUCGUCGUAGCCGCCCCACCAAGCCCUGUUGUCGGCUCGCACCGCCCGUGUCGGAGAGUGUCAUCGCCAAUUACCAGCUCCAUCACCAGGAGGCCGCCAUGGUUGUCCCCGUCGCUCAUGCUUCGCCUCGUCUCGGCGGAGCUCAAGGCACCAGAUCCGCGCCAAAUCUUCCGGAUUCGCCCGUCGCCGACCUCGUGCACGUUGGAUCUCGCCUCCUCUGCCUCACCUCGCUCGAGAUGCCUCGCACAACUGACAGCAACUUGCGCUCUUGCACUUGCAUCUCGCAUUCCCAGCCACGAAAAUAGAGUUUUUCGCUUGUAGUUUGUUUCAGUUAGCGUUAGGCUAUGUUUUAUUUCUGGGAAACACAGUUUAAAUAAAAGUUACUUUGAAGCCGA